AUGUCAUCUUAUACAGAUGCUGCAAAUGAAAAUUUACAUCACAAAACAGAAAAAAAAUUAUUCAACAAAGCUAGACCACAAUCUCUUGAUUAUUUAUUAAAUCAAGAUAAAUGGAUAUUACUAACCAUUAGUGUCACAUUAAUUUUGAUUUAUUAUUCGAUAUUUUCCAUAUGUAUUCCCAUGAUGAAAGAUAUUCAUUCGAAACACAAUUAUUUCAAUGAGAAUUUUAAGCAAGAAAACGAAAAAUUGAAAAUAUUAGAACAAAAAGUAUAUAAAUUAAAGCAAAUCGCUAAAGAUAACCUUAACAUAUACAAUCCAGUUUGUCAGCAAUGUUGGUCUUUGAUUUGUGAUUUAGAUUUUGAUUAUAUAACACUUCAUCUAUUGGAAAAUAAUAAACCUAUUAAAAAAUAUUAUAAUGAUACAUUAUCUCCAUUACAACGUAUAUUUAUGAUAAUAUGUGUUGUUAAUACGAUAUCAAUAAUAUGGAUUUUUAAAAAACCAUUUCGAUUAUUUGUUUUAUCAAAUAUUUUUCUUAUUAUAAGUUUAUCGAUACAUGGAGAAUUUUUUAUUUCAAAUACGUCUAAUAUCUAUUAUGCAUUAAUCAAUGGUAUAUUAUUAUUUUUAUUUUCUAUGUUUUUAUUAUUAAAAAUAUUAAUGACAUUAUUAUUUAUUGUUCAUUAUCGAAUGAUACAAAAUAUUUUAAAUAACGAAUAA